AUGAAGAGUUUGCUUUUAAUCGUCUUGUUGUUGGCCAUUAAUGGCACAGUUAACUGUGUCCGGCUACAAUCAGUCGGAUGCAAAGGGCAAUUGCUGUGCGGAGACAAGCCGGCGGUCGGAGUUAAGGUGGCGUUGUGGGAUGAGGAUGAGGGUAGGUCGAAGUAUAAUAGAACUGAUUUUGAAAAUAAAAUUUAUUUAAACGGCAAGGUAAAAUUAAGGUUAUGUUAAGGCACUGGCAAAACCUUUCCUCUGUCUCGCACUCCUAAGCUUUCAUAUCUUCGAACAGACCGCUGAACAUCUUAACAAUAUUGAUUCCAGGGCCCGACCCGGACGACAAGCUGAAGGAAGGCCACACGGACUCGCAAGGUAAAUUUGAGCUUGUUGGGAACACCCACGAACUCACAUCCAUCGACCCUGUUUGCAAAGUCUACCAUGACUGUGACGAUGGAAUCAAGCCUGGCCAACGGAAACUCAAGUUCAGAAUCCCUUCUCAGUACGUGUUCGGAGAAUCCGUGCCAAAAAAGAUCUUUAAUCUGGGAAUCCUGAAUCUGGAGACCAUCUUCCCCAAAGAGGAACGAAAACUUUUGUAA